CCUAAUAUUUUUGUUAGGUUUAGGUUUCCUUUCAGGCAGGCCGGAUGUAAGGCGUCAGUUAUAUGCACAGUAGCUCUGAGAUGAAAACAGAAGUAUCAGAUAGCAACAGUAGUUGAACAAAAAAAGUCAACUGUCAAAUAUGUUUACAUUAUCAGUACUUAAACAGUCAGUGUCUAAGUUCAGUUAUUUCCUGCUUCAAGCAUAGAUACGGGCAUAUCUAUACAACAGGAAGCUAGUAGUUUCCACUUCCAGGACGUGGAUGGUGCCCCAGAGGCCUCACUAUUUAUUGCAUGAACCACACUUGUUACUACAUGACUGCUUUAAAUACCUAUUGUUUGUGGUAUCUGUUCAGCAUAUUUUAAAUUAUUUCUUAAAGAACAAUGUUACACAUUUUACCAGUAUAUUUGUAUUUUUUGUUGUGCUCUUCUUUUGUUGUAGGUCAAUUUGAUUCAAAUUUUACUCUACAAAAUGUUUGGGGGAGGCUUCCAUCUGAGACAUCUCGUUCAUUAAUUCAGUGUGUAAGUAGUAAUGGACAACCAGGGAAAAUUAAAUUUGGAAGAACUAUAGAUGUUGGAGAGGGGCUCAAGUUACCCAAAUUAACCCAGCAGUUCCUUCAGGGUGCUCCAGUACAUGCUCGUAUUCUUUUCAUGCCCAGUGGAGAUGCACUAUCAAGAUUUGGAGCUUUUCACUGUGAAGUCACUAAUGGUGGGGUAACAACCAAAAUAACAACAUUAAAAUUACCCUCUGAAAGCAUUGCUGAAUUUGAACCAGAAGAGCCUUACAUUGUAGCAAAUCAAGGAGAUGAUGUAUAUUUUGCAAUGAAAAAAGUAGUGGCCCUGAAUCUACCACUUAGAUGGCGUCAUGAUGGUGGAGACAUUAUUGAAAAGUGGAAUGAUCAAUUAAAUGUCAGUAUUCCAUCUGUCACAAUUACUGAUGCUGGUAUUUAUGAAUGCUAUUAUGAAGGCAGGAGAAAUGAACAUGUUCAUGGAAUUUUAAGACUUAUUGUUCGAGGAUGUCCAUCAGGAAAAUAUGGUCAGCUCUGUGACCAAGAUUGUCCACCUUGUUAUAAUGGUGGAAUUUGCCAUGACAGAUGGGGAGUGUGUGUUUGUCCUCCUGGCUUCACAGGACAACAUUGUGAAAAAGCAUGUGGUGGUAAUCUAUUUGGAGCUGAAUGCUCAAAGAUUUGCACAUCAGGACAGCAUGUAGACAGAGGUUGCGCCAUUCAUCUCUUCUGCAAACCAGACCCUUAUGGUUGCUCCUGUGCUCCUGGCUACAAGGGGCCUAUAUGUGCCACAGAAUGUAAACCUGGUUGGUAUGGAGCAGACUGUAAACAACCGUGUCACUGUGCUAAUGGCUCAAAGGCUUGUAAUAGGAUAACAGGGCAGUGUAAUGGUGGUUGUAGCCAUGGGUGGAUUGGAGAAUCAUGCCAGAUACGAG